AUGUCUUCAUCCAAAGCGACAAAGCUGGCGUCGGAUCGCCGCAGAUGGUGGGCUUUGGCGAAACGCGCGCAGAUGAUGAAUCUUUUGGGGAAGAAAGGAGGAGGGAAAGGCAUGCCGACGUUACCGAAUCCCGACCCGAAGAAACGAGAGAUUCAUUUCCCGAAUCUCCAUUUGCGCUUGGUCGCCCCGACCGAGGAAGCGAGGAUGCGAGGCAUCGAAGUCGCGACGUUUAUAACCACACCGAACGUGACAAAGACAGAGAUUAAGACGUUUUUGACGGACGUGCACGGGAUUGAGGUGUUGAAAGUGGACACCGCGAAUUACGAAGGGAAGAAGAAGAGAAAUUUAGAGCGGGGGAAUUUGUUCCGGAAACCGGAUUAUAAGAAGGUGUACGUGACGCUGGGGCAGCGAUGGUUUCCUCCGGAAAGGUUUUGCGUUCCGAGUAAAUGA